AAAAUUCCUUUCUCAACGCUUCCGCAAUUCCUCUUUCGGGAACAAAACUCAUUUUGUUUGCGUGUGCGUGUGUGUACGACCUACGAGCCUCCUUCUCCGCCUCCUUUCCUGCUACUUCCUCCUUGCUUUAUGGACCGGAAGAGUCCUUGAAGCAAAAUAGCUCGGCGGGCACUUCCGGGACCGGAGCCUGGGGUUCCGGGAGAGCGCUGGCAGGAGAGGGAAAGGCAGCGGCGGUGGCAGCUGGAGGAUGAAGAAGGAGCAUGUGCUGCACUGUCAGUUCUCCGCGUGGUACCCGCUCUUCCGAAGCCUUACCAUCAAGAGUGUCAUUCUUCCACUUCCUCAGAAUGUGAAGGAUUAUUUACUUGAUGAUGGAACUCUGGUGGUUUCAGGAAGGGAAGAUCCACCAACACACUCUCAGCCAGACAGUGAUGAUGAAGCAGAAGAAAUACAGUGGUCUGAUGAUGAGAACACAGCCACACUUACGGCACCAGAAUUUCCCGAGUUCACCACUAAAGUCCAGGAAGCUAUCAAUUCCUUGGGGGGCAGUGUCUUUCCUAAACUUAACUGGAGUGCCCCAAGGGAUGCUUACUGGAUAGCCAUGAAUAGUUCUCUGAAAUGUAAAACCCUCAGCGACAUCUUUCUACUUUUCAAGAGUUCUGAUUUCAUCACUCGUGACUUUACUCAACCAUUUGUUCAUUGUACUGAUGAUUCUCCAGAUCCUUGUAUGGAAUAUGAGCUUGUUCUCCGAAAAUGGUGUGAAUUAAUUCCUGGGGCUGAGUUCCGAUGUUUUGUCAAGGAAAAUAAGCUUAUUGGUAUUUCUCAAAGGGACUACACACAAUACUAUGAUCAUAUUUCUAAACAAAAGGAAGAAAUUUGCAGAGGCAUACAAGACUUUUUCAAGAAACACAUACAGUAUAAAUUCUUAGAUGAAGACUUUGUAUUCGAUAUAUAUAGAGACAGUAGGGGGAAGGUGUGGCUAAUUGACUUUAAUCCAUUUGGUGAAGUCACAGAUUCACUACUGUUUACUUGGGAAGAACUGAUAUCUGGGAAAAACUUAAAAGGUGAUUUUAGUGAAGGAGAUGCUCAGGAGCAGGAUUCUCCAGCUUUCCGUUGCACCAACAGUGAGGUGACAGUCCAGCCUAGCCCCUAUCUAAGCUAUCGACUGCCCAAGGACUUUGUAGACCUUUCUACUGGGGAAGAUGCUCACAAACUAAUAGACUUCCUUAAACUGAAAAGAAAUCAGCAAGAGGAUGACUGAUUAGAGUGUUAGAGUUCAAGCCCAAGUUAAAGAGGAAACCAUUGCUACUCCAGGAGGCUGCGUAUAAGCCACGACUUCCUGUUGACCCAGAUCGGAUGGGGGUGGGGGCGGGCAGUGUAGAAGCCAACAGCUUUUUAUAUUCAUGUAUAUUCACCUGGAAAGAUGGAGGGACUUUGCUACUUGUAAACAUAACAUAAUAAAUAGAUCUUAAACAUAGGAAA